ACUCUGCUUCGCUAUCAGAUCUAAGGUCAUGUCGAGGGCGAUGCGGCCAUUGCUGGCCGUGGGGCAGCCUUGUUGCUCUUCUGCGGCUGUGUCUCGACGGGCGGCAGCUGGAUCUCGGAGCUAUAGCGCCUCCGCUCGGUUGACAGACCAUCCUUCCUCGUCUGCGAGUCUUGCACCAGCUCGGCAUCCCCAGCAGGCGCGGAGAAGAUACGGUCAACCUCUUCCGCACACGCACCCACACCUCUUUCCGCAUCGACUCUCACUCGAGGCAAGAGCAGACUUGGCGCCUCUGGAUCCUCAUGGCAAUAUUCAGGUGGCCCAUGAUGAGCUGACGCCCGGCAUCCCUGCGAGCGAGUACGAGGACCGACGGAGAAGAUUGAUGGAUCGAUUACCCGAGAGGAGCAUCGUCGUUUGCAUGGCGGGCCGUGUCAAGAGCAUGAGUGGCAACAUCUUCUACCGUUUCAGACAGGAUUCGAACUUCCUCUACCUGACUGGCUUCCAGGAGCCGGACGCAGCAGUGGUGUUGGAGAAGGACUCUAGUUCGAGGGGUUACAAGAUGACUAUGUUUGUGCAAGACCGAGACGAAGCAAAUGAGACUUGGAACGGACCACGGUCAGGCAUUGAUGGAGCGACGGACGUGUUUGGCGCAGAUGAGGCCUAUGCAAUGGAUCCUUCCACUUUCCUCAAUCACCUCAAGGAUGUUCUACCUCGAAGCAACCACAUCUAUGUUGAGCCAUCACCGACACCGACUGUACCACGCAUGUCGAGCAGGGCAUCGAAGAUGCCGUCGAUCCUCAAUUUCCUGUCACCCCCUAGUCCAACACCCUACGACAUGCUGCCCAAAAAGGCCGACUUCGAGGCCAUGGUCAAGCUCUUGGGCGAUCCAGUCAAGAGCCAGAGACUGUCGCCUACGCUCGACAAGCUGCGACUGCGAAAGUCGACAAACGAAUUGAGACUGAUGCGUCGUGCCGGUCGGAUAGGAUCCGAGGCCAUGAUCCAGACGAUGGAGUUCGUGCGACCAGGCAUGGUCGAGUCCGCGCUCCAAUCGCGGUUCGAGGCGUCAUGUUCACUCGCUGGCGCCCAGCGGCCCGCCUAUGUCCCCGUCGUGGCAUCGGGCAGCAAUGCGCUGACGAUCCAUUACGUCAACAAUGACGAUGUCUGCAGGGCGGGCGACAUGGUGUGCAUGGACGCCGGUUGCGAGCUGGACGGCUAUGUAAGCGACAUUACACGAGCGUUCCCCGUCAACAGCGACGGCAAAUUCAGUGGACCUCAAGCGGAUCUGUACGAGGCCGUCUUGCGUGUCUUGCGAAGCUGCACGGCGCUGGUGAGCCAGAGCCAAGCGUACACCUUGGCCGAACUCCACCGUCGGUCAGUAGAGAUGCUGGCCGCGGAGCUCAGGGCGUUGGGCUUCGACCUAAGACCCGGUGUGUUGGAGCGCGAAAUCUAUCCCCACGCUCUGUCACACUGGCUCGGGAUGGACCUGCACGAUACCCCCUCGGUCGAAAGGACAACGCGGCUCGAAGAGGGCAUGUGCCUCUCGGUCGAGCCGGCCGUGUACUGCUCGGAGCACACAAGUGGAGUGCCCAAGGCAUUCUGGGGCAUGGGUAUCCGCAUCGAGGACGAUGUCGCCGUGGGUCAGCAGGGCAACAUCGUCCUCAAUGCCGAAUGCCCCCGUGAGCGCGUCGACGUUGAGGCGGCCUGCUCGCGCUUCUUGGAAGGUGUCAAGCUGAAAUCGACGAGUGAUCGCCGUCGUGACGCUCCAGUAUUCAUUUAAUAGUUCGCAGCACCCUCAUUAUCCCAAACAUGUACGCACAAUCGUCAUCUUCAUUGUCAAAUGGCAUCGUCGUGG